CGUAUCUCGUUGAAAACAUCGGCUGUCGUGUGCGCAAGUUAACUCGGUGGCUCGUUGAACCGAAACACCGGUCGGUCGGUCGGUCGGUGUUUGCUCCUCGCGGGGCUGCCGUACAGGUGUGGUGAUGCCUCAGAACGGUUUGAACUACGAGGGCAGAAGAAGAAGAGCGCGUGGCGACACCUGUGACGCCAACGGUCACGUCCCGGGCGCCGCUUUGGUUAAUGGUGCUGUCGUUCACAAUGGCUGCCCAGCAGCUGCCACUAGAAUCAGAGCGAGCGCACCAGCUGGUGCACCGACCGGUACCGAAGCACAGUGCAUGGUUAAUGGUUAUAUUAACAGUGGCUACAAGGGCAGGAGUAAGAAAGCGCCGCCGCCGCCGCCCCCGAGGACUCUGAGGAAACAAGGAAGCAGGAUUUCAGCCGUCACUGAUGCCUCAGCAGCUGGCAGCAGUACAGCCUUUCCAGGUGGUAUCUCAGUGAACGGGCCCACCAGUCCAGACACCACUGCUGCUGCUGCUGCUGGGCCCUGUAAUUCUGACCAAACGGCACCAGAGCCCAGCCCGUCAGCACCAGCAAGGAACCAGAGAAGAUGGAAGAGAAUCAGACAUAAGAGACCUGUCGGGACGCCACCACCGCCGAUGAUGCCACCACAGGAGGAGAACUGGGAAAGUGAGAUCCAAGAGGUCACUCUGACUGACUGGGAGAAGGAGAAUUUUGGGAGCGGACCCUACGGUCCCGAGGACGUGAUCCAUUAUUCUUUGCGGGAUUUGACACUAACUAAGCGAAGGGACACCCCCCCCGACCUGCCGGUGUCAGCCGAUUACAGGCCAGUCGUACACCACCGAAUACCUCUCCGCUGGUCCAGCUACAGCCUUCCCACCGAGCCCGAGCAGUUCGCAGACGCUGACGAGGUGUGACCGGACGUGCUGUGAUGAUGACGCUGACUUGACUCAUGAAGAGACGCGGUGCCUGACGGGAAGAGCCGGCGUCUCCUCUGAUGUCAGGUGUGUCCUCAGCGCGUGCACAGCUGGGCGGAUGGUGAGCAUCACCUGUGACGUCACAUCUGGAACAUCUGUCACGUUGUGCAGCGGCUGGCGCCCGGCUGCAGGCGACCCUCUCCAUGGUCUCUCCCACUAUGAAAGCGUUGGUGGAUGCCGUGUGGGCGGUGUGGAGCAUCGGGGCCUCCAUCUAUGACUACAUCCACACCAACGCCAUGGAGGAGCGCAUCCACGCCCUGGAGGACGUCAUCACCAUACACCAGUGUGUGAUCGGGCUGCUGUCCGCGGGCGUGUUGGUGCUGCUCACCUACAUCGUGUUCAAGAAGCUCUGAAGGACUCAGACAGGUGGUGUGGUGACACACCUGACAGGUGAAGUCAUUAGACAGGCCACAGGUAUCAUGUGGAGGUCCAGCUCUCUUUUAAAGGCUGCCCAGUAUUUAAUAUCUUUAAUUUUCAUGUCAAAUGUUGAUUUGAUGUUAAAUUUUAGUGGCUUAACAACCAAAACGAUCAAUUUUUUAAAUACUCAACAGGGUUAAAAAGCCUCUGAAAAAGAAGCAUCAUGGGACGCUGUGACUCAGCAGCUCGCUCAGCCUGAAGCUGUUGAUUAAAACAUGUCACAUUUGAACCGUUCAGUGGAUAAAAAUACUCUGCGUCAGCACAGACACUCCAUUAUAUCAGCAGCAGAUAUGAACCGUUUGAUUUGUAGUCGUUGUGAAUAGAGUGUGCCGGAGCAGAGACGUCAGCUGACUGCGAUGUUUUCUGGGCAUUUGAUUUUCUAAAGGGAUCAUUAUGGAACAGUUAGUGCCUUAAAGACAUCGAGUGUUUUUAUAUCACGACUGUCUGCAUCUAAAACGUUCACGUGUGUCAUUAUUGAUCCAUGAUCGUGCGCUGUACAUGAUGCUUUUUUUCCAUGAAUGUUUUGUCAUAACUCACAAGUGUCCUUAAAGACUUUAAAUAUAUUUAUGUCUAGUUUUUUAAUAGGCAAGUUUCCUGUAGUAAUAUUUAUUAUUUAUGGUUGUUUUUUUACAGAAGCCCGAAGCAGUCAUACAUUUUAUUUCCAACUUCUUCUCAAGAUAACGAGUUCAUUUCAUUUGUUUUUGUUUGAGAUCUUGAGGUAGAAGCUCUGUACGACCAUGCAUUCAUACAUUUUAAUUCCUAAAUUCAUUUUAUUUGUUUCCUCAAGAUUAUUUAUACUCUUAUUUAUGUCACUAUCAUGAAAUAACUGAUGUUAUUAUCCAGAGAAAACUGGUUAAUUUCCUCAAGAUAACGAGUUAAUUUAUGUAUUUUCUCGAGCUCUCGAGUUAUUUGUCAUUAACUCGACAUAACAAAUGUUAUCACGAGGUAAUGGGGUAAUUUUCUCGAGAUGGUGAGAUAAUGAAAUGUUUUUAUGAGAUAACGACAUAAUUAAUUUAAAAUUAAUUUGUUGAAAACAGAAGAGAUAAAACACAUGGCCGCUUCGGGCUUUAAUAGUUUUUAUUUAAUAUUUCUGUAUCGAUGUGUGAAAU